AUGGCACUAAUCGGGGUAAUAAGCAUAGCCUUAUUCUUAUUGGGAACUGUCUCCGCCUAUGAAGAACGCUCAGCAGCUUUGCAAAGGUUUCCUUCUAUAGUGCAAGUGGAAUUCGUGGAUGAACAGACUUUUGCUUGGGUUCAAAAAUGUAGUGGUAUAAUCCUUAACAAUAGAUAUGUGCUAUCCGCAGCCAAGUGCUUCUCCGGACCAUGUUAUAGUCCACUGCUUCGUCGUAUUCGCGCUGGUUCAUCUACUAACACUGCGCCGCGUAACACUGGAGGUCAAGGCGUGUAUGUUCAAAGAGAAAUAAAUCAUCCUAAUUACGUUGUUGGCUAUAACGAUCAUGACAUAUCAGUUGUGAGGUUGAGCAGCUUACUGGUUUAUGGAGAAUUCGUACAAAAUAGUCCAAUUGCGGAUCCUGCUACUGUUCUUCCUCUGGGAUUCCCUGUAGUUCAGGCUGGCUGGGGAUCUAUGGGCGUUGUAAGUGAAUUCGACUACUAUUUUAAAUGUGAUAGUUUGUAUUCAUUACAGGACGAAGCUGAG